AGUAGUGUUCAAUCAAUUUCAUUAUUCAGUUUCGUUUCAGUGCUUUCAGUUAGUCCACAACAUGUAGAUAUGCGUGAUGAGGGUGCCAACGCAAGGAAAUUAUAGUUAAAAAUAAAAAGAUUGUGAAAUAGUCAUAAAACCGUUGUUUCCAAACACCUCACACUUGCGCCAAGGACAUGGAAGACGAGUUAGAGGAUCGAGUUUUGCAUCAAACGUAUCUUUCUUUUAUGAAAAUCGUGACGCGCUUUACGAGCAGUGCGCCGCUUGAUACUCCGGUGGGCUAUUUAUGGAAGAUGGUGCGUCUUUAUUUGUUGCGGUCUGAGGUAGCAGUGAUCACACUGGGUAUAAUAUUGUUUAUUAUGUACCUGCAAACGAUUGAACAGUGGAGUCGCACGUUACUAAGUCGACUCUCACAUGCCAUGAGCCCUAUCAGCUCUGUUCAGCGUAUGAAGUUCAUGGAAGGGUCUGAAGCUGAUAAACAAAGCUGGGAACUAAAAGGCUCUCUCAGUGCAGCUUAUGCAAUCAAAGGAAGAAGGAUGCAUAUGGAAGACAGAUUCAUCAUUAAUGAAAACAUCAACAGUACAGGUAUCUCCCUGUUUGCUAUAUUUGAUGGACAUGGUGGAGAAUUUGCUGCAAACUAUGCAAAAGAUCAUCUCAUACAAAAUCUUUAUAACAAAAUUGUAGAAUUAAGUGCUUUCAAGGAGGGAAAAAUCAUUAGUACCCCCACUAGAGACAAUGCAGAGGAGGAAAAACAGCAAGAACCAGAAAGCAAUAGUAGUGUUGAACGAAAAACUAGCUUUAAGAAAUCAGUGAGCACUGCUGAUGACACUUCUAAAAAGGAAAUAACUGACCCAGAAUUGCUGGCACAGCUCUCAAAGGCCAGACCAAUAAUAACUAGGGAAGUGAGACCCACCAAACCAAUUAAAAAUGUUGCUGUACCAUUAACCAGCUAUUUAGAUAAAGGGAAAAUUAACUUUGGCAAGUUGCUGACUGAUGAGGUGUUGGCGGCAGACAGACUGCUGGUGGAGGCAGCUAAGCGAUCCAUGAAUGUUGCUGGAACCACUGCAUUGCUGGCCAUCAUGGAGGGAAACCACCUGAUAGUUGCCAAUGUGGGAGACUCCAGAGGUGUCAUGUGCGACUCAAGAGGAAAUGCUAUUCCUGUAUCUUUUGACCAUAAACCACAACAGGUAAGGGAACAGAAAAGAAUAGAAGCAGCAGGUGGCUACAUAGCAUUUAAUGGCGUUUGGCGAGUCGCGGGCAUCCUGGCUACAUCUCGGGCAAUGGGAGACUACCCAUUGAAGGACAAAAAGUUUGUUAUUGCGGACCCGGACAUUCUCACAUUCAACCUCAGUGACCAUAAGCCUAUGUUCCUCGUGCUGGCCUCUGAUGGCUUAUGGGACACCUUUUCCAAUGAAGAAGCAGUCAAAUUUAUAAAGGAACGAUUAGAUGAACCUGACUAUGGAGCAAAAAGUUUAACCCUGCAGGCGUAUUACAGGGGCUCUGUUGACAACAUAACAGUGCUGGUCAUCAAUUUCCUAGACAACAAAAUUGUGUCGUCUGCUACAGAGUAACUGGAUCUUAAAAGGAAUUGCAUUAAAUCCAUUAUACUGAAUGACAAGGUUUAAGGUCACACAGGCCAGCACUUUGUGGUGUGUGUCUUGGAAUUGUAUAAGAGAUUGCAAACAAUUAGUACAAAUCAUGUACAGAUGUUUGGUACAAACUUUUGCUGGUCUUUUUUUGUUGUAACGAGUUCCUAAGUAAUUAUAUGUUUUGUCCACACUAUUUUUUUAUAAAAGAAAAUUGUGGCCUAAUACAAGCAACUUGCCAGAUUGUCCUAACUUCAAAUAUUCAUGGAAACUGGCAUGAGAGGUAAAUAUAAUGACAUUGCAUGCAUUUCAAUGUACUAAAAUUUGAUGAUAUAAUAAUAUAUUAUAGUCCUUGGUGUGUAUUUGAUAAGGCAUAAUAUGUAUUCUAUUUGUAUAUACCUAAUAUUUCUAGUUGAAUUUUCAAGAUGUGAUUAUAAUAACAUAUUCAUAUAUGUCCAUACCUUGUCCAGUAGUUAUCUUGCUUUAACAAAGAAUUUAUAAUAUUUUUGAAUGUUGAACAUAUAUUGUCAUGUAAAAAAAGAAAAUUUUGAAUUUAUGCAUGGUUGUGAUGGUCACAGAAAUGUUAAGGUUUAGUAAAGAAAAAAAAACUUGA